CACGGGCUGCAUUCCAGUGUGGACCUCUCGCGGGAUUCUCGCUUUCAAAUCUCGCGGAGUUUCUCCUGUUUUGUAUAUGUGUGACAAUAAGAGUUUAAAGGCAAGUCUAGGAAGGUGGAGACUUGGGAAUGACUUCCAUUGUAAUUUCUUAAAAAAAAAAACCUGCCUCGGUUCUUGUCUCUUACUUCCAUUGCCUUAAAGACGAAUGGGUUUGCGUUGCGAUAUACAGCAAGCGAAGAAAAAUUAACAGGUUUAUUCUAAAAUCGUGAAAUACAUACGUAGCGGGGAUUGCGAACAUCAGAGAAAGCGAGGAAGUCCUGCGCUAAAGGACAGUAUGGUGGAAGUUGUAGUGGAGUAUGACUAUGAAGCCCUCCAUGAAGAUGAGCUGACUAUCCGACUGGGAGAUGUUAUUAAAAAUGUGAGGAAACUGGAGGAAGAGGGGUGGCUGGAAGGAGACUUGAAUGGGAGGAGGGGUGUGUUCCCAGACAAUUUUGUAAAGGAGAUAAAGAAAGAGACAGAAUCUAAAGAUGAAUUGAGGCCAGUUAGGAGAGAGAGAUCGUCAGGCAAUGUGGCCAGUCUUGUACAGAGGAUGAGCACUUACGGUUUUCCAGCGGGCGGAUUCCAACCACAGUCAAACCCCAGGAGUUUCAGAAGGAAAUCAAAGAAGCGACAAUGCAGAGCUCUUUUUGAGUACUUUCCUCAGAAUGAAGAUGAGCUAGAACUGAAAAUGGGAGAUGUCAUUGAUAUAAAUGAAGAGGUUGAAGAGGGCUGGUGGAGUGGAACAAUGAAUGGAAAAUCAGGAUUGUUUCCAUCUAAUUUUGUGAAAGAAAUAGAACCAACCGAAGAUAAUGAGAUGAAUGAUGUUUCAGAUGAGUCAGAGAACACCAGUAAAGACAGCCUCGUAGCUGGCACCCCAGUCUCUCCACUUGCCUCUCCGGUGUCUGAUAAUGGAGUUGUAGCGCAGCCCAAAAAAGUCAGAGGAGUAGGUUUUGGAGAUAUAUUCAAAGAGGGGUCGGUGAAACUAAAAGUCCGAUUGCCCAGCUCUGAGUCUGAAGAAAAGAAGUCAGAAAAGCCACUCCCAUCAUUGCCAUCUGCUGCAAAGCCUGCCCAUUUGAGUAUGACAGAGUCAGUUAAAGUAGAAGGGGAUAACAAAAUUAAAGAAUAUUGCAAGGUCUUAUUUCCUUUUGAUUCAACAAAUGAAGAUGAACUGAGCCUAAAAGAGGGUGACAUUAUACUGAUACUGAACAAGAGCACAGGAGAACCAGGUUGGUGGAAAGGAGAGCUCCAUGGUAAAGAGGGUGUCUUCCCUGACAACUUUGUGGCUGUGAUUUCAGAGGCUGAAAAAGAUGCAGCAACAUCAAAAGUUCCUUCCAAAUUAUCCCCCAGUCAAGAUGACGAUAAACCAAAAAAGCCACCUCCACCAGCAAAAAUCUCAGCUCCAAAGCCUGAAGUUCCAAGUGGUGACAAGAAGCCUCUUCAAGCCAAGCUUGAGGAAAAAGGAGACAAACCAGUGCCAGACAAACCUGCAAAACCGGCUGCUCCUAUAGUUCCACCCAAAAAGCCAGCUGUCCCUCCAGGAAAGGGAAGCGUUCUGCUUAGAACUGGAACUGUACCUCCUAAACGGCCUGACAAGCCACAGUUACCUCCACCUGGACCCAAGCCAAAUGGAGAGGUGCCUUCUAUACGGCCAAAGUCUGAAUUUGAACCAACACCUCCUAGCAAACCAAAGACAUUGUCUGGUGAUUGGGGUGAUAAAGCAGUUGAAAUAGAUCUUAUAAGUUUUGAUGAGCUCAAUUCUACCUCAGGAAAGCUCUCCCACCCAACAACAAGUAGACCAAAGAUGCCUGGAAGAAGGCUGCCCACACAGUUUGCAGGGGGCCAUUCAACAAAUAAAGAGAUUAUUGUAGAAAAAAAUCAGAAGAUGGAAGAAGAAGAAAUUACCAAGCCAAAGUUAUCAGACUUCAAAAAGCCAUCACUGUUGAAUCCAACUGCUGCCUUGCCCUCAAAACCAGCCUCUGCUGUUGUUACUACGGUAAACCCCAAACCCAAAGCGGAGGUGGAAGAAGAGAGUAAAUCUGAAGUAGAAGACCUCAAAGCACAAAUAAUGGAGCUACUUCACACAGUAGAAUUGCUCAAAGAGCAACAGAUGAAAGAAAUUGCUGAACUGAGAAAUGAUUUGGAUGAAGAAAAGUCCAAACGAAAGGCCUUACAGAUGGAGAUAGAAAGAUUAAAGAAGAUGGUUCAAUCAACAUGAGGACUGAUACAAUAAGCCGCCGUUAAAAACAAUGCCACUGUGACAACAGAGGAAGGCACUAAUUACAACUAGGAGGAAAAUAUUUGCCUAAUUCUUUUAAUAAUCAUUACCGUACUCUACACUUCUAAGAAAAUGUCAUUUUUUUGCACAUAAUAGCGAUUUUCUAGUUAUAGAAAAAUGCAGUUCAAUUGUGGAUGUAAAUGUUCUUUUUUUGCCAUAAUAUUAAUUGAGGCCUUACUAGCUACUGUGCUGGACUUGCAAUCUUCACAUUCAUUGAUGGAUGGUUGAGGUUUGCUUUCAAUACUACUGAAUCUGUAAAAAGGGAUAGGGGUUCUUAGUUUUUUAUUAUUAUGAAAUGCUGUCAGUAGAUUUUAAAAUGCAUAUGUGCUAUAAUUGCAGUUAUAAAGUAUGUUAGCUUAUAAAAAUAUAUUAAAAGAAGGUAAUAUACCCUUGUAGCUGUAUCAGUGACGAAUCAAUUGCUCUGUCUAAAGGGAAGUAUAAUUUUGUAUUCUAACAUUACUGUCCAGGGUAACACUAUUGUGCCUGUAUAAAUCAUGUAGUAUAGGUUAGCAUGGGCGUAUAUCAGAAAGAUUUCAAGUGAAAGCUUCAGGUAUUUUUGAUUAUCUACUGAUAUUCUUAUUAGUAGAAAUAAAAGAAAUACUUUUUUUCCCUCAGUUUUAUAUAGUUCUUUAAGGUAAAAGAAGAAAAUAUUCUGUUCUGCCCAGGAUAUGUAUAUAUAUACAGCCAACACCAAAAAUGGUUUGUACACACUUGAGUUUCAUUGAAGAAUAGCUGCUUUGAAGAAACAGUUUUUCCUCAGUUAGUGUUUCAGUACAAUAACCGUGAUAGCAGUUCCGAUAUGCGUUGUGCAUCUCGGUUACUUCAAAUAUAAUGUUCUCUGAAGAAUGAAGCAUCCUUUUUCUUAAACUGAUCAGUGGCUGUUCUGUUGGCUCAUUUAGAAUGUAGCUUUUAAAAAGAUUAUCGUGUAUUUGAAGAUAAUUUUUAUAAAGAAACUGAAAUUUAUUAUGAUAUUGGGAAAAAAUGCAACAUUUACAGAAGCCUUAGGAAAUACCCAUCUUUAUAUAAUUUUUGGAAAUUCAUUUAAUUUAAAGCAAAUGCAAACCUCAGUUACUAUUAAGAUGAUCCUUGUCAGUGGUUAUUCUAUGAAUGAGACUGAGAAAUGGGUUUUAGUAGCUUGCGCU